AUGGUACCGAUCAAGUGUGUGCAAGAGAUGUCCAUUGAUGGCGAUGAACCACCACAGGAAUACACUGUCAAAGAAUGCGGUUUUGCUCCCACGGACUUGUCAUCAUCCUCACGUCCAUUUCCCAUCAUUGAUAUCAGUCUCUUCUCCUCUUCAUCUGCUGCUUCCAAAAGAGACGUGGAAGUUGCGCUGGAAACUUUAAGAUCAGCUCUCAGCUCAUCAGGAUGCUUUCAGGCAGUAGGACAUGGGAUGUCAAGUUCAUUCCUAGACAAGGUUCGCGAAAUGACGCAUCAAUUUUUUGCAUUACCAGUUGAAGAGAAUCAGAAAUGUGCCAGGAGAUUGAACGAAAGUGAAGGGUAUGGGAGCGACAGGGUAGUUUCAGAAAAGCAAGUUCUAGACUGGUCAUACCGCCUCACUCUUGGGGUGUUUCCAGAAGAUAAAAGAAGGAUGAAUCCUUGGCCAGAAAAUCCAAAUGAUUUCAGGUUAAUUGUAUAUUCUUGUUUGAAUGCAACUGCUGCCUGA